UUCCCCGUAUCCUCAUCUUCCCCGAAGCUAGGGUUUCGCAGAAAAUUCCGGCACCGCCACGACACGGACGCCACCGAUCUCGGGCGACCCAACACCCUGCGAAGUGCCCAGGUUCGGAAUCUCGCAGCAUGGCGACCCAGAUCAGCAAGAAGAGGAAGUUUGUAGCUGAUGGAGUGUUCUUCGCCGAGCUCAACGAGGUCUUGACCAGGGAGCUCGCCGAGGAUGGGUACUCUGGCGUGGAGGUCAGGGUCACGCCCAUGCGGACCGAGAUCAUCAUCAGAGCCACCCGCACGCAGAACGUUCUGGGAGAGAAGGGGAGGAGGAUCAGGGAGCUGACGUCGGUCGUGCAGAAGCGGUUCAAGUUUCCGGAGAAUGGCGUGGAGUUGUACGCUGAGAAGGUGAACAACAGGGGGCUGUGCGCUAUUGCCCAGGCUGAGUCGCUCCGGUACAAGCUCCUUGGUGGGCUCGCCGUUCGCAGGGCUUGUUAUGGUGUUCUGCGGUUCGUUAUGGAAAGUGGUGCAAAGGGUUGUGAGGUAAUUGUCAGUGGGAAGCUGAGGGCUCAGCGUGCCAAGUCGAUGAAGUUCAAGGAUGGCUACAUGAUUUCUUCUGGUCAGCCAGUCAAUGAGUACAUUGACUCUGCUGUUAGACAUGUUCUCUUGAGACAGGGGGUUCUCGGUAUUAAGGUCAAGAUUAUGCUAGACUGGGACCCUAAGGGAAAACAGGGUCCCAAAACACCUCUGCCCGAUGUUGUGACCAUUCAUCCUCCCAAGGAAGAAGAGGUGUACACGAGGCCCGUAAUGGAGACGACAGAGAUUGAUGUUGAUGUCCCGUUGGCCUAAACCAUCAUGUGCUGUAAAUUUUUGUCACAGUUGAUGUUCACCGUUUGAUUUUAGGGCCUUCGGUUGCCGAUGUUGCCAGACAAAGAGAGAUGCCGGAUGGUUUUGUGUUGUUUAUCCACCCAUAAGUUUUGAUAUGCAGAUGCUUUGCGCCCAUAAAUGUAUUCUUUGUCUGUUUACAUUCGUGUUCCACUUUUCUUGGCCUCCCGGCGUAUUUAGGUCGGUUUGCCCAGGUCUUGUUUGAAAUGAGUUUUUCGAUGAAAUAGCGACGACUAUCAGACUAAAAAUUUCUUGCACAUGUCGGUUCUUCUUGUAGUGUCUUGGAGGAGUUUGCAUUCUCCAUUGAUUAAAUGAAUGGUGAGUCUGAGCCAGGUGCUAUUAAAGCUUAUAUCUGUCCCC